AAAUUCAUAGUAUUUUGGAUAUUUGGAUGCUCAAUUAUUCAAUGAUAUCCAAGCAGCAUUAAGGAUGACAUACAAUCGAACCCAAGAAAUGAGUCUCUUUCAGUAAGAAAGUUGCCAAUAAUGGUCUUAUUUAAGUUAUCUUGCAGUAGGUUGACAACUUUUUUAUUCAAUGACGAUGUGUUCCGCGAAUAACCAGAUAUUUGUCGGUGCCUUUUUUGUACAAGAGUUCCAAGAAAGGUCAACUUUGAAUUGAUUGACAUCAAACCAUUGAUAGAGGGCUGAGGGCCAUAGUAUAACAGAUACCAUAGCGGAGCGGGAUAGCUAUAUUAUCUGUUGUCAAUGUUUUUGUGUGCGUUCAUGGGUGACUUUCAAAGAUAAGCACUAUAAAAUAUAUUGCUUUCUUAUACUCAAAUGUUGCCUCUUUCGCUUUUAUUUCAUGUUUUAUGAUACAUACUAUGACCCAUGUUCAAAACAAUAAUUUUUGAAAAGAAAAAGCAAAUUUUUGAAAAGAAAAAAUCAAGUGCUGUUCAUG